AUGGCCAUCAUUCUCCAAGGAACGAUCGCUGCUCUUGGGUACUUCGAGAAUGGAGUCUACUAUCGAGAACCGGAUUGUUUUGAAUCGUUGAGAGACAUCAUUCGCUUCCUCAGAAACGAUGAUAAGCAGUUUGCGGCAAGAUGCAAAUGCGGGGAAAGCAAUAUCGUUGAGAAUGAUCUUGUUCCGAUCAUGUGCACUCAAGGAUUGACCAAUGAGCUUUUCGAUGUUUGCUUGAGGUUAUGCGCUAACUUACUGCAGCCAACUAUUGUCACAUUUCAAGGUAAACCGCCUGAAGACAAAGAACAAGAAGAGCUCUAUGUGAAGCUUCAAGGCUAUUUAUCGAGAAGCAAAUCCGCAUUUGCCAAUUCUGAGCUGUUCAAAGUGUUGCGCUUGAAAAUGGAGAAAUAUUUUAUGGACACGCCAUCGGAGGACCGCGACGAAGACGAUCGACUUUUGAUGGAGAGGAUUCUUCUAUUACUUCGAUUCAUUUUCUCGAUUGGACAAACUUACAGCAAUAACGAGCACAUGCGACGAGCACAGGAGGUUCAUGAUCUUGUCUUGAAGGCAUUUCUAGGAUCGGGAAUUGAGACAGUGCUCAUUUUUAUUGGAUCGAGUAGAGUUGAUCGAGAUUUUCAUCUCAGCGCCCUAGAAAUCAUUUCACUAACGUUAAAAGAAUAUGACCCACAAGCAAUACUUGAAGCGAAAAUCGGUAGAGAUGAGGAAACAAAGAAAAAAGACGAGAUGGAGCUGCGACAAAUUUUCGAAGAGGAAGAACGAAAACGAGUUCUCCAACAGAGAAACGCUAUUUCACUUCGUCAUUCAAGAUUUGGCGGCUCAUAUGUAAUCAAGGGACGAUCUUCAAUUAACCCCGAAAAAGACAUGCUUGCAAUGAAAGUUGUGAAGGAUCCAACGCAAACGGACUACAUAGACGAACGGAAGAGCAAGAAAAUACUGCCUAAAAAUCGAAGAAUCACAAAUGAGAGAUCGCUUGUCCGUGCGCCUCCAACUUCUUUAGCUUUGCUGAUGAAUGAAUACAUCAAGAAAAUUUUUGAAGGAUGUUAUAAUAAUCUGACGAGAAGCACUAAAGAAAUGGCUUUUAAUGGUAGCACUCGAACUCAAGCUCAUCGAAAUGCGGACGUUCAAUUCUUUGUUUUUCUUCGUUUUUGUCUUCAGUAUGCCCGACUUGCAAAGCUUCCCCUGGAAAAAGUUAAUGGGAUGCUGGGAAAAGAAGCGUUUCACUUUGUCCAAGUGAAAAUCAACGACUACCUUGAAAUCACUAAAGUUGAGAAGCAAAAAGCGAAACAUCAUGGGAUGAAGGCUCAAUAUGCGCUUUCUUCCUACAAAGAACUGAUUCUUUACCACCAAUACUUGAUCGAUCAAGGAACACAAGUGGAAAAAGAAUUCGGUUUGGAGACGUGCGAUCAUAUCCUCAAAAUGCAAGAGUAUCGUGAACUUGGGAUUCUCAUCUUCAAGCAGUUUACGCCCGGAGUGUUGACAAAGGGAUUUCUUCGCGAACUCAUCUUGGCCACUCACUACUACUUGAAGAUCCUCGAAAGAAGCGCCAAAAACAACUCGUUAAAAAUUAUUAAGAAACACAAGAAGAAAAAGCAAAAGAAGGUCAAACAAAACGAUGAAGUCAAACUUGCCAAAAUAACCGAGAAAAAGCACAAACUCUUGGAUAAGAUGACCGAGAAUCAAUUGGAAGAACUUUGGGGUGUGCUUCAAACUCCAGUCGAAGAGGCUUUACUGGAAACGGAUAUCGACACGGAUGAUUUGAUGCCGAUUAACUCCACUCUCCAGGUCGAAGAUGAUGAUCACAAGAGGUUUUUGCUGCUUCGAAUUCAACGGGCUUUGCGGGAUUCAGACGUAAGACUCGCAGUUGGUCUAAACAAGGCAGGACGACAACUUUUCCCCACUGAUGAUACUUUUGGUAAAGAUGGAGAUUUCGUCGAAGAGCUGGCUCAUUUAAAAGAACUGUUCUUUGUUGAUUUGAGAGAGGUAGCGGUUUCCUUACAAGAAGCCGAAGCCAAGCUUGAGGGAUAUCUCAAAGGGACUGCCGAAAAUAAAAACGAGGAAAACGAUGAAUACGAUGAAUACUCUGAAGAAGAAGAAGAAAACUUUGAUUUGGUCGAAGAAAACUUUGAAUUUAAUAGCCAUCUCGUCCAAUUUGCUCGUCAUGAUAUUUUGAAAUGGUACAUCCUCAUGCUCAACGAUUUUUUGACAAAUUCAAGCGAAUUGAAUAAAGCUAUCAUUAAAAUGCUGCACCGGAUAGCUUUCGACCUAAAAGAUCCAAGCAGAAUUUACCAGGUUUCCUUUUUCCAAGUUUUGUUGAACGUUAAAAGCCACAUUUCAUCGAUCGACAAAGAAAAGCAGAAAGAGAGCCCACAUUACGAGCUCUACAAGUUUGGCUAUCAUUUUCUGACUAGUUUCUUCAAUGCUUUUCAAAGAAUUGGUCCGCAAUUAUUCUUGGAAAGUUUGUUCUGGAAGACGCCAAAGGAAUGUUACGAGAUCGAACACGGAUUCGGAAGCUACUUUAGCAAUCAAAAGGAAUCUGCGCCACAAGCGUGGACGGAAGAACUCGAAAUUGAAGUGCGAGAUUUGCAUCGAGAGUUUGCCGAUAUGGAUGAACGACCUUCAGGGAUGGAUAUGCUCGAUUUCAUUGAACACAAUCUUUCACGAUCCAGGAGUCGAAAACAGAUUCACCGAAAGUUGAAAGAACUUGGCUUGGACACGCUUGGCGCAAAGAUGAGCAAGGGCAAGGGGACUUUAUCCGGGUUUCCUCUCGUUCCCGCCAAGGAUGCUUACACGACUUGGCAAGGUCUCGGAGACGACAACAAACCUGAUUUGGUUGAGUACAUACAGAAACAACUUCUGGAAGAGCAUGGUGAAUUUUCUCGUCCAAAGAUCAUCAAGCAGCUUGCGUAUAUUGGAGCAAAUUAUGAGAGAAAAGUCAAUGAAGGCCUGCUUUCGGAAUUGCGAGCUCUAAAAGAGCAGUACGAAGAGACGCCAGAUGAGGAGCGAUUGGGAGCUACUUUAUUGAAUUAUACGUUGCGUCUAUUGUCAGAGAAGAAACCUAGAAAGCAAGUCAUACAGCAGCUUGUCGCCCUUGGAGCCGAUUUGUCGGAAGAAAUGCGCAAAGAAACAGAAGAGAAAGCAUCGAGGAAAAAGAAAAUAAUGAAGCCAGAAUCUUCCGAUGACGACGAAGAAGUAGGCGAAAGGAGCGCAUCGGAGCCCGAAGCUUCUGAAUCUGAUGGUAGUCGCUCUUCUGACGGAGAAAAGAAUGAGAAAGAGUCUCGUCGAUCAAAGAAGUCCCACAAAGUUAAAAAAUCCAAAAAGGCAAAACAUCGUUUCGACGAGUCUGAUGACGAGGAAGCAGUUCGUUCACAAAGCUCUCUUUCGAAUAAGGAAAAUUCCACUUCAUCUCAACAAACGGCCGGAUUAACAAAGACGCGGUCAAAAGUCACUAAAAAACGUCCCCAUUUUGAGGAUUCGGAGGACGAUGCAGAAAAUAUGCAAGAUAAUGAAACACAACAAGCAUCUCAUUUCGAUACCGGUGACGUUUUGGCUCAAAAGUCUACAAAGAGGCGAACUCUGUUGAAUGAUUCGGAUGUGGAGAAUGACGACGAGGAAGCAACCUUAUCAACUCAACAAACGGCGACCCAAAGUGUUGUACCUGAUCAGGAAGUUGACCCGAACGCGGAGAGUUCCCAACUUAGCAAUGACUUGGAGAUAUCAAAGCUUACAAAGAAACGCCAGCGUUUCGAAGAUUCGGACGAAGAAGAGGAGACAAUAAAAGAAUCAAUCGAUGAUCUUCCAUCUUCCACUCAAAGCUCGGUUUCAGAUAAUAUGCGGAAGCAAACUUCAAACGACACCACCACCAAACGACGUCGCGUUGUGAUAAGAAUGGAGUUAGAGUUUGAGGAAACGCAAGCCUCAGUGGCUUUUUCGUCAAAGGAGAAUUCAACUCGUCUUUGCGUGGGAUUUCUUGACGGAGCAAUACACUUGUACGACUUCAAUCCAAAGGAUCUCUCAAGAAAGUUGCUGUUUGAAUAUCGACUCAAAGCCGCCGUUCGUAAUGUGGCCAUUUGUCCGACAGAGGAGAAUGUUUAUGUGACAAGCCGAAAUCGAGCCCUCUGCCAAAUCGACGUAGCAACGGGACUAAGAACGAGAUGUAUUCGGGAAGCUCAUUCAUCAAAGCCAUCUUCUAUCUGCCAACUGACAUUAGAAGAUCAACUGCUUGCGACCGGGGAUGAAGAUGGACAUAUUAAAACUUGGGAUCUGCGUGUUGCUUCUCCAGAAGUGCUUUCAUUUGAAGAGCAAGAAGAUGUAAUCUAUCAACUCGUACAAGAUCGUCUCAAGUUGCUCACCGUUUCAGCGGACGGCACUUUGGCAGUUUAUGAUCUUCGAAAGGGAAAGAUGAAAACAAAGAGUGAAACAAUGCACGGAGAACUACUUUCGCUGGUGGUAAAUAGAAAAUUCUGUUACGCUGGUUCCAGUGAAGGGAUUUUGGAGAUCUUCAGAAGUGGCGAAUAUGGUAACAUCGUUGAGCGUUUCGAGACGGGUCUCGCAUCGGUGGAUUCGAUUAUCGAGCUACGACGAGGGCUUCUGGCCGUGGCAAGUGGAAAUGAGACUGGGAUAAGAUUACUCCAUGUAAAUCCAAACAAACGGCUUCAAUUAUUGGGAGAGCAUGAGGGAGGCGUUGACUCGAUGUUCCUCAGCGCGGAUAAAAAAUGGCUCCUCUCGAGUUCGAUGGCUGAUCAAACGGUGAAAGUUUGGGACGUGAAAAAAGUUAAACAGAAGGUUCCCAUUUUGACGGCUUCGGCGGCAAAGGAAAAGGUGAAGCAAAACGGGAAUGUGAGCAACGACUUCUGGGCGGAUUUGGCGGAGGAUAGUGAU